CAAAAGAAGGUUGCUCUCUGACUCAGAAGCAGCCAGAUGAUCUGCCCCCUUUAAACGAAGCUCGUUCGCCCACUUCCACAAGGCUUCCUCGCCACCUGCAGAUAGAUUUGGGUCUCCCCUAUCCUAGCCCUGCUGAAAGUCGUUGGAGUUCAGAGUGGCUGAGACACAGCCAGCGUUGGCUCUUUGCAAAAUCACUCAAGGUUUGUCCAAGGGAAGAAGAAGCUGUUGGGAACACAGCUGCAAGAAUUCUUUUUAAAAGAAUGACUGAGGAUGUUAGUCUACAGGAGCCGGACAGCCACAAGUCAGAAAACAGUGAAGAGAUGGAGAUUAUUGUUAAUGUUGGAGGAGUAAGGCAGGUGCUGUAUGGGAACCAUCUGAACCAGUACCCCGACACGAGGCUAGCAGAGCUGGUGAACUGUUUAUCGGGAGGUUACGACACGAUUUUCUCGCUGUGUGACGACUACGAUCCUGGGGCCAGAGAGUUUUACUUCGACCGAGAUCCAGAUGCUUUUAAAUGCAUCAUCGAGGUUUAUGACUUUGGGGAGGUUCACAUGAAGAAAGGCAUCUGCCCCAUUUGUUUCAAAAACGAAAUGGAGUUUUGGAAAGUGGACCUGAAAUUCCUGGACGACUGCUGCAAGGCGCACCUGAGCGAGAAAAAGGAAGAACUCGAAGAGAUUGCCCGUCGGGUCCAGUUGAUCUUGGAUGACUUGGGGAUGGACUCCUCCGAAAACAGCUGGGCAAAGUGCAAGAAGUGUAUCUGGAAGUUCCUGGAGAAACCGGAGUCAUCCUACCCGGCUCGUGUUGUCGCCGUCACAUCUUUCCUCCUCAUCUUGACCUCAUCUGUGGUGAUGUGUGUGGGAACCAUCCCGGAACUGCAGGUUCUGGACUCUGAAGGUAAAUCCGUCGAGCACCCAGUUCUGGAUAAGAUUGAAACCGCUUGUAUUGUCUGGUUCACUCUUGAGUAUGUCCUCAGGCUCAUCUCGUCUCCUAAUAAGCUGCACUUCGCUUUUUCGUUCAUGAACAUCAUCGACAUCUUUGCCAUCCUCCCUUUCUACAUCAGCCUCAUCCUGACCCAUUUGGGCACCAAAUUGAUGGAGCUAACCAAUGUACAGCAAGCUGUCCAAGCGCUCCGGAUCAUGAGGGUGGCCAGGAUUUUCAAACUGGCACGCCACUCCUCAGGACUACAGACCUUGACCUAUGCGCUUAAGAGGAGCUUUAAGGAAUUGGGGCUCCUCCUGAUGUAUCUAGCGGUUGGGAUCUUUGUGUUUUCUGCCCUGGGUUACACAGUGGAGCAAAGCCACCCUGAAACACUGUUUAAGAGCAUCCCUCAGUCCUUCUGGUGGGCAAUCAUCACCAUGACCACGGUGGGUUACGGAGACAUCUACCCAAAGACAGUGCUGGGGAAACUCAAUGCCGCUAUCAGUUUCCUUUGCGGGGUCAUUGCCAUUGCCUUGCCCAUCCACCCCAUCAUUAACAACUUUGUGAGAUACUACAACAAGCAGAGAGUGCUAGAGACAGCUGCCAAGCAUGAGUUAGAACUGAUGGAGCUGAAUGCGGGGGACCAAAAAGGCAGCGUUUCCCACGAUAAGCCAGCACACCUUCUGGGGAAUGGAAACGAACAUUCCCGAUGGAGCAGACACCAGAAAUUCUCCCACAGUGACCCCUUCAUUCACCUCCUGUCAGACGACAACUAUUAUCGAACCAGGCUUCAGAGUUGCAAGUAAUCUGCCUCCAUUCAGAAGUCUGGAAUAAAAGAGAAAGAAUAGAGAGGACUCCUUUGAGGUCAGACUUCGUUUUCCCACGGGCUUAAAAACACGCAAAUGUCUCAGUGUCUCCACUUUCUUUUGGUAAGUCAUGGGUUAGAGAAACCGAAGAGUGCAGAGAAUGUAUAGUCAGCCCUGCCGACGCAGGCUGCCACUUCAGA